AUGCCAUUCUAAUGUUGACUUCCGACUAGCUACUUAUUUUUGUUCACUGUUUGUUAUAUUUUAAUUGAAUGCAAACAAAUGGAAAAGUAUUUCCACAAUACGGAAAUAGUCAAAUGACUAUUUAUUCACGGAAUUCAAUAUUCCAGGGAUGCGAUGUUAAAACGAAUGUGGAUGGUGUUUCUGUUGAUCAGUACACUAUGGACGACAUCCGAUGAAAAGGCUUUUCCAAUUUGCUUCCCUGGCUGUGGUGUUUUUAAGCAAGUACUUCAUUGCAGCUACUUAAUGAACAAAGAUCUACAAAAACUUUCAAUGUGCAUCAAACGACAUCGCGGAAUAUUGGUUAUUGAUAUUAGGAACCAUCAGCUGACAUGCUCAUGUCCAUUUGUGCAAUUCAUUAGAAGUGUGAAACUUCAGGAACAAAACAUCCUGUUUCAUUCGACUGUCUGCGAUUCCAAGCAUAUUGCAAUGUGUGAUGAAUCGCUGGAAGUGCAAAGUACCACAGGUGAUAAGGCGCCUGUCCUCGGCAUAUUCGGUGGCCGCGUCUUUUAUCUGAAUGGACCCGAUUUCGAUGGCCGGCUGAUCGGUUGGGACCAGAAACGAAAAGCUAUUAUCUCGGGUAUGAGAGCUCAGUUUAUCAGAGACAAGUACGCGAGGAUUGAAGCCAACGUCUUUGCGAGAGCUAAAAAGUCUGCACAUUCUAUGAUUCAUUAUCGUUCCAUCUCGCCCUCAGAAAUAUAUGAUGACGACGACGAUGACGACUAUGAUGACGACGACGACAUUAUUAUUCAGAAACUGGAUAUGUUAAGUGAUGAGCCAGGUUUUGCCGGUCCAUUGGCAACAGAGAUAUUAAUCUUAAUUAUUUUACAUGUCCUUGGGAUGACCAUCAUCAUCGUACUAAUGAUAACAAAGCGGUGUCCAGACGGUUUCAAGGGAUUGACAACACAAGGUACCGGUGGCUAUUUUGACAGAAAGACUGGCAAAACAGUGAGCUACGUAACUGCGGAUUCUAAAAGUCGAGAUCUAUCAACAGAGGAGAAAUGGAAGUCAUAUCUAAAACAACCUACAGCUCCAACAGAAAGCGGGUCAUAUGACAAGAAAUCGGAUGCAACGACGUCUGAGUCCCUGAAGCAACUACGUGAUGAGAUGAAACAUAGGGAUGAAGAUAGGAAAACUGCUGGCUCAAAAACAUACUCACAAGAUAAUUCAGAAGGUUAUUCAAGAGGUUAUUCACAAGAAUCAGGUGACUCUAGUGAGUAUACCACAGGGUACAUGGAAGGAUACUCGGGGUCCUCUCCGUAUUGCUCACAGGAUUACUCAAAAGGAUCCUCCCAGGAUUACUCAGAGGGGUACACGCCGGAUUAUUCAGAGGGGUACACACCGGAUUAUUCAGUGGGAUACUCACACGGGUACUCACAGGAUUACUCAGGAUACUCACAGGAUUACUCAGAAGGAUAUUGUGACUCAUAUGAUUACUCACAGGAUUAUUCACAGGAUUAUUCACCAGAAUAUUCACAGGAUUACUCACCAGAAUAUUCACAGGAUUAUUUACCAGGAUUUUCACAGGAUUACUCGACAGAAUUUUCAGGAAUUGUUGAAGGAUACAUAGAAGAAUCUGACCAUAAAAGAAGACCUAGAUCAAGAAGGGACCCACCAAAGAUCACAAUACAUUCAGUCCAGUGCCAUCAAGAACCCAAACUUAAAGAUCUUGAUACCAAAGCCGGUAAUUACCAGCUGAAACGUGAUGUUUCGUCGCAGGUUACUAAGUUGGACAUGUGUCAGCAGAAAGCCAACACUGAAGGGCAACGUAUCAAAGUGGACACAUAUGUGCAAGAACCGGAUGAUGCGGGCCAGGAGGCUGACAAUGAGGACAUGCCCCUCGAGGGACCAAGCACCUCACAGCAGAGUGACAAGGACAAGAAGUCGGUCACAUUUGAGCAGAAGCUUGAGGCCGCGACACAGGACAAGGUGGUGGACGUCAACAAGCAGGAGACGGUGACUAAGAAGAAGAAGAGGCAUCACGUAGAGAGGUCCAUGCUGACAAACCGAGCCAGACAGCAGAAGGUAAAGAAGGGCCAGCAGACUGAAGUCUUCGCUAUGGAUUAUCAGAAAGGACACAGUAGCAGACAACAGUCUACCGAAGAAUAUCAUGAAGUGGAGAGGCAAGAAGGAAACAAAGAAACAGAAGAAGCGGAAAAAAGACAAAAAGAAGAAGAGAAAAGACAAGAAGAAGAAGAAGAAGAAAAAAGGCAAGAAGAAGAAGAAAAAAAAAGGCAAGAAGAAGAAGAAAAAAGACAAGAAGAACAAAAAAGACUACAAGAAGAAGAAGAAAAAAGACUACAAGAAGAAGAAGAAAAAAGACUACAAGAAAGACAAAAAGAAAUACAGCAGCAACGACAACAGCAAGAGGAAGAAAGACAAGCGGAGAGACGGGGUGAAAAGGAGGAUGAAUGGUACAGAGUUGACAAGAAGUACAUGCAGGUGCCGAUCAUUACACUGAAGAAUAGCGUACCGUACACAGAGUAUCUGACCGUCGAGGUCAACCCAAACAGUAAUAAAAGAGAAAAUACGAAGGCCCAAAGGAAAAGUGUAGAAACGAAGAAUGAAUUUGCAGGUGUCCAUGCAGCAGAAUUCAUCUACGCAGUUAGCAAAGAAGACAGAAGAAGAAUAGGAAAACCCCAACAGUAUGAAGAGUCACCAACGUUUGUUUUGCAUAAUGUUGCUUCAAAAGAUAGCAUUAAUGAAAGUGAUCUACACAAAAAAAUGUUGAAGAGGCAAAUGAAAAAGAAAAUGGCUGAAUGUCAGAGACAGCAGGAUCAAGAGGCCAUAAGGCGAUAUAUUGGAUUCACUGAUAAAGAAACGUGUCAGAGAGAGCGGAGGAGAAGAGCGGAGAAAGAAGCACUAAAACAGCAGUAUUAUCAGACAGUCUGGAUUAACAAUAAUCAUGAAACAGAUAGUGAAGAAACAAUGCAGGGCAGGUAUGUACAUACGCAACAACAUGGAACGAAAACACGAUCAAAGGUGAAUGAUUCUGAAGAAGCAAUGCAGGGCAGGCAUGUACAUACGCAACAACAUAGAACGAAAACUCGAUCAAAGGAUCCACAUACGGUAAAGCAGAAGAAACACAAAGACGAAUUUCAUAAAUAAAAUUACUUUUGGGCCGAACCUGCAAGAAAACAAAACUCGGAUAAACUAAAUGAAAACUUCACUGGUCUAAGGAGGAUUGUUUUUAACUCGGUGCACUUCUCACUAGUGUGAUGUGAAAACUGAUUUCAAGACAUACAAGACGGCAAUACCGUAGCUAGCGUAACCCAGGAUAAUUACAUGUAGUCUCUGUAUAAACAAGGGUUUGCAGUGUAAUGAUGAAUGUUUUAAAAGAUCAGUUCUUCUUCUUGGACUUUUGGAACAUUUCAUAGAAAAAAAUUGGAGAUUUGUAUUGAAUGUUGAUUCCACCAGGAAUGUAAAAUGGCCUCUGAUCAUGCAGAGCACAGGUUAACUUGCAAAACUAUCAGGCCUUAUGGGUCAUGAUCUCAAACCCCACCUAAAUACUGAUACAUUUUUUCAGCUGCCAUUCUAAAAAAACAAAAGUGCAAAAUAAAAAGAACAUUUGUAGCCAACAUAAAAAGGCGGGUAAUCUGUGUUGUAGCAUGUUUUAACAUUGGCCUUGAUGUUUCACACCUGAAAAUUACCUUUAGUACAAUAUGCUUGGAUGUUGUUCAACAAAAUGUGGCUUUUCCUAUUUUUCCAAAGUUUAUCGCAAUUCUUUCCAAGUCAAUCAAGACAUUUUACAUGUAUAUUUUAGUAUACAAUGACUCUGUAACCAGUAUGUGGAAAUACGUAACACUUUUGCACUGAAUUGAGAUUUAUGAACUGCUGGCAAAUAAAGUAAUUUGUAAAGCCUGUUACAAGCCAUGUUAAGAACAUGCAGGAUGUCACAAUGUUAUAUAGAUUGUUUUGACUGUUAAAACACUGACAAGUAAUCAUGCAAACCUUGAUUGUCGGUGUUUCCACUUAAUUCUUAACACUAUACUUUAUUAUUGAAUAAUCAUACUUACGUUUUACUAUUUCAUUUAUAUUAUACAUAUAUAGAAUAAAACAUGAAAUAUA